AUGAACGAUUUAUUGGUGGGCAAGCAGUUCAAGCUGACCAAGAAGCUGGGCUCCGGCGCCUUCGGGGAAAUCUUCUAUGGCAUCAACACCAAGACCGAGCAGGAGGUGGCCGUCAAACUCGAGUCCAUCUCCACCAAGCACCCCCAGCUCUUCUACGAGGCCAAGCUCAUCCACCUCCUCCACCAGGACGACCCCUCCGACAAGGGCAUUCCCAACGUCUACUUCUGCUCCUCCGAGGGCGACUACAACAUCAUGGUCAUGGACCUCCUCGGCCCCUCCCUCGAGGACCUGUUCGGCUUCUGCGGGAGAAAGUUUGAACUGAAGACGGUGCUGCUGGUGGCCGAGCAGAUGCUCUCGCGGAUCGAAUUCGUGCACGGCAAGCAAUUCCUGCACCGGGACAUCAAGCCCGACAACUUCCUGAUCGGCACCUCGAAGCGGGCCCACCGCGUUUACAUGAUAGACUUUGGGCUGGCCAAAAAGUUUAUCCAGCGCGACGGCCGGCACAUCCCCUACCGCGACAACAAAAACCUCACGGGGACGGCCCGCUACGCCUCGGUCAAUACCCAUCUGGGGAUCGAGCAGGGCCGGCGAGACGACAUCGAGUCGCUGGGGUACGUGCUGGUCUACUUUCUGCGGGGGUCGCUGCCCUGGCAGAACCUCAAGGCCAACAACAAGAAGGACAAGUACGAGCGCAUCAUGGAGAAGAAACUCAGCACCUCAGUGGAGACCCUCUGCAAGGGGCUGCCCAGCGAGCUCCGCGAGAUGAUCGAAAGUUCCCGAAACAUGACCUUCGACGAGGAGCCCGACUACCGGGCCCUGAAGGACAAGUUCAACACGCUGUUCAACCACAUGGGCUUCGAGCGGGAUAAUAUACUCGACUGGCACAAGGUGGCCACCGAAAAGAAGCGCAGACAGGACUGA